CUUUAACACUUAGCUGGCAACGCUGAGCCCGGAGCGGAGUGUAAACAAGGCGGUGACAGAGGAAGGCGCCUUAGGUAAUGGUUCCUCCUGCCCUUCCCAAGCCUCCAGCACCUCCGUUUCCACCUCCACCUCCUUCAGAGCCUCCCACAGCACCCUUUGAAGCCAUGGCCCUCCAGUGACUUAGCGGGAUCACUGUAUCAUCGGCAAUCACAAGUUCUGUGUUUCAUGAAGUUGAAUGAAACUGAUGUGAAAAGUUGGCCUCAAGAGUUUAUCCAAAUUUUCACACAUCUUCAGCAUGCCUUGGAGGAAGCAAGUGGAGGCUCUGGAGCACAUGUGCUUCAUGAAGAUGGCCAGAAUAAUUCAUGACAUAGCGACUCAGGUUGAAGAACAACCAGAAUGCUGUGAAAUAUCUGCUGAAGAACUGUCCAAUAUGGUUUCAAGUCUCCCAGCAGUGAUCAAUGAGAACAUGAUAGUCAAGGUUAUCGAGACUAUCCACAAAACCUUCAGUAGAACUCGAAGGACAGUGGGCAUGAAGACGUGCUUAGAGGUACUGCUGCAGCCACAUGUUCAAAGACUGAAUCUCAACGGACUCUUCUUUAAAAUGAGACUUCAGGGCACCAUCAACACCACCAUCAGGAGUGUUGUGUGCUCGCGUGUAGCAAGUAUGAAGAACCUUAUGACCCUCAACAUGGUCAGUAAGUGCAGUGACGAGAUUCUGUGUGUGCUGAGUGAAAAGUGUCCAGAAAUCAGUGAGGUAAACAUAUCCAUAUCAGACCUGGUCACUGAUAAGGGGCUGAAGGCUCUAGCAAAAGGCUGUCCAAAGCUUGAAAAUUUGUGCAUAUAUAAGUGCUGGAUUAUCACAGCAGAAGGCAUUGCGUAUGUACUGAGGUGCAGCAAGAAUUUAAAGAAACUGAAGUGUGACCAGUUGGGUGCUGUAUUGAUCAGUGAGUUCAGUGAUGCCAAGAACACUUUCAAACUCACUCACUUUGAACACACUCACAUGUUGUUUGAGCCAAAGUCCGAGGAUGUCAGAUGGGUCGGGGAUGCCUGUCCAAAACUUGAGUCUGUCAGCCUGUAUGUGGAUGACAAGAACUUGGCUCUGGUACCACUGCUGGGGAGAAUCAGAGUUCUUGAAAUAGAAAUCCGGGCAGGGCUGGGGGACGGCUUCAUUGAGGCCAUCAAGUACCUGGGCAGUUCCCUCCAGACUCUGCAGCUGAAUUGCAACCAAGUGCAGCAGCAGAUGAUCGUGGCGCUGGGAGAGUGUUGCCCACACCUCACCACGCUUCACCUCUCCACAACGGCAAUAGAAGGAGAUGAACCACUUAUAAACACCGGCCAGCUGUUUUCAGAUCUAGCAGUUCUUCAUCUUCAAGUUUGGGAGGAAUCUGUCUUGAGUAAUACAUUUGUCGACUUCUUCCUCAUGUGGUGCCAUAAGCUGGAGUCUGUGUUACUGAAAGCGGAGGUUGGGUUCCUGACUGACAAGUACCUGGGGAGCCUGCUUGCUGCCAACCCACUCAAGGAAGCAAAGUACAUCGUCAUUGCAUCAGAUGAGUUUGUACCACUUACCUUGAAGAGCGUGUACAUGCUGAUGGCUUCGUGUCCAGCACUUGAAAACUUGGGGAUCUCCUCUUGGGACAUCGAUGAAGACCAGUUUUUCACGCUUAGAGAGAUGUUCAAAACCAACAAUUAUAACGUUACCAUAUCCUAAAUGGUAUGCAAAACCGUUACAAUCUUUUAGGGACGCACACUAGGGGGAAACCAGUAGAUUAGUCUUGCCAGAUUCCAUAUUGGAAGAUCAUAGCCCAAGACUGAAGCCUGGCUCUAAAGGAGGCAAUAUAAUGAGAUGGGUGUUGCUGGCAGAUUUUUCUACCUGAAGGAGCCAUAGCACUGGUAGGCUCUCUUUUGGGGCCUGGUGGACGGCCCAACCCAUUGGUGGUGUGGCCGUAUUUUAUUUUCAGUGGCUUGCUGGGCCCAUGCUGUCCCCCGGUGCUCUUCUUGACUGAAGUUGCGUAAGUAAAGGUUGAUUGAAUAUAUGGAGAACACGUGGGUAAUAUUCCGCCACUUGAUGAUGGUUGAAAAUUGUCAACGUCUUGCGGUGGAACUUGAACCUGGGUCUUCAGGAUUACCAUGUCCACGCACUGACCACUCAGCCAAUGCAACUCACCCCUCCACAUCAUGCUGAGCAAACCCUUUUUUCUCCACAAAUCUGUUCAUUAGGUCUGUCCAUGCCCUAUCAGUCACUACACCACAGGCGCUUUCCAUUCAGAGUUUCCUAGACCUGCCUGCUAUGCCCUACCAUCUCAUUGUGGAUGAUACAAUCAACCGUGGAGCAUGAUACAAUUGAGUGUGUACUACCCACAUGAGAUCAAGCAGGGUAAGUAAAGAAUCAUUUUUAAAUGUAUGGUUUUAAAGUGAUAGUAAUCAGAGAAAAUUGAGAUCAAAACUAUUCACUUGUUAGAAUACUGCAGGUACAGAAUUAACAAAUCCAAUAAUUCCUUGGCGACAUUCAGAGCCAGUAAAAAAAACGUAGCAUCCGUUCCCUUACUAAACACUUUUAAAUGUUUCUCCUACCUAUGUAAAGUACAAAAAAAUAACUAUUUUUAUAAGAAAGCUUGUCAUCUGGGGAAUAUUUGUAGAUGAAGUAUGAAUAAACAUACAUACUGA